CACUCACUCACUCUCUCUCUCUCUCUACAUCUCUUUUCCUUUUUUUACUUUUUUUUUUCUUUCUUCUUUUUAAAUUUCUUUUGUUGACCCUUUACUUCACUCUUCUUCCCUCCUUCCCUCCCCUUAGUCCCUUUCGGAUUGGACUUAGGCGGUUGGGUUCAUCUGAACCGGAAAACAAAAUUACUACAUCCCUAAUGUGAUGGGAGCUGGAGUUUCCAGGUUGUGUUCUUGUUUCGAACCGGUUCAACACCGGAACAAAAAAACCGAGAACCAAGACGUUACUAUUUUCACUGAUGAACCGUUAGAUGAAACCCUAGGUCAUUCUUUCUGUUACGUUAGAUCUUCGGCCAGGUUUCUUUCUCCGACUCACUCCGAUCGCUUUCUCUCACCGGAAUCUACUUCUCUUCGGUUUUCACCAACUCAUGAAUCGGUUCUUAGAACCCGACCCGAUUUUCGUGAAACUGCUUUUAAAGCUAUUUCUGGUGCUUCUGUUAGUGCUAAUAGUUCUGUUCCGAAAGCGGUUAUUCAGUUGGAAGAAGAAUCUUCCGCCACCGUCGGAGGAGGUUGUGGUGGCGAUUUUGUCACCGGUAAGGGUAAUAUUGUAAAUGGCUUUGAAAGUACGUCGUCGUUUAGUGCACUUCCGCUUCAACCUGUUCCGAGAGGUGGUGAGGUUUAUGAAGGGAGUGGUUAUUUUCUCUCUGGUCCGAUUGAGAGUGCGCACUCCGGGCCGAUUAACGCCGGCGCCGGUGGGGAUUCCGGUGGUGUAGGCGGCGGGAGAGAUGUUCCAUUCUCGGCGCCGUUAGGGGGGAUGUAUGGAAGGAAGAAAGGUGUGUCGGGGUUUAGGAAGGCAUUUCAACGGAAGGUGUCGUCGGAGAAGAAGCGGCCUUGGGUGGUGCCGGUGUUGAAUUUUGUUGGGAGGAAGGAGGUUCCGGCAAAAGAGAAGGCAGUGGAGGUGAAAAAUGAGACUAAUGUGCAGUGGGCGUUAGGGAAGGCUGGGGAGGAUCGGGUUCAUGUGGUGGUUUCGGAGGAGCAGGGGUGGUUGUUUGUUGGGAUUUAUGACGGUUUUAAUGGACCGGAUGCGCCGGAGUUUUUGAUGGGGCAUAUGUACCGUAAUGUUCAUAAUGAGCUUCAGGGUUUGUUUUGGGAACUUGAUGAACCAAUGGAGAGUCAUAACCCUGUUGAGGUGGAAAAGGAGGGAGAAAAUUCAGGUUCUGGUUUGGUGAAUAUGGUACAACAGACUGAAAUUGGACCGGCUGUGGGAACGGAGAGUAAACGGCGUAGGUUGUGGGAAUUUUUGGCGGAAGAUCCUGAAGAUGGACUUGAUCUUUCUGGGUCGGAUAGGUUUGCGUUUUCAGUUGACGAUGCACUCAGUGUUACCAAUGCCAAUGCAGGUUCGGCAGGUAGUAGACGGUGGCUGUUGCUGUCCAGACUGAAGAACGGUUUGUCAAAGCAUAAGGAGGGUGAUGGUUUGCCAAAACAUAAGGAGGGCAAUGGUAGGAAGUUGUUACCGUGGAAUUUGGGGAAUCAGGAAGAGAAAGAAGAAAAGUCUGAGGUGGAAAACAAACCCUCUGCUUCUGACACUGGUAGUGGUGGUGGGAGGAGGCAGAAAUUGGGUCCGGUGGAUCAUGAUUUGGUUUUGAAUGCAAUGUCGCGGGCGCUUGAAGCGACAGAACUUGCGUAUUUGGAUAUGACGGAAAAGCUUCUGGAUACAAAUCCUGAACUUGCUUUGAUGGGUUCAUGUCUGUUGGUUGUUUUGAUGAGGGAUGAGGAUGUGUAUGUUAUGAAUGUUGGGGAUAGUCGUGCAAUUGUAGCACAUUAUGAGCCCAAGGAGGAUCAGGGUACUUCCAAUGUGGAAUCUGCAAGCAAGGGAGAUGUUCGUGUUGGUUCCAGCAGUGAGAGCAUAGUUGAAGAGUCCUUUGCUUUAGAUGGAACUCAAACUGAAACCACAAUCAAGGUCGGCAAUGAGGGUUCUGCUCAAGAAAUGAGGUUGGCGGCAUUGCAGCUGUCUACUGACCACAGCACCAGCAUUAAAGAAGAAAUCAUUAGAAUUAAAAAUGAGCAUCCUGAUGAUCCCCGUUGCAUAGUCAACGAUAGAGUUAAAGGUCGUCUUAAGGUCACCAGAGCAUUUGGGGCAGGAUCUUUGAAACGGCCGAAGUUGAAUGAUGCCGUACUGGAAAUGUUUCGUAAUGAAUUUAUUGGAACUGCCCCAUACAUAUCCUGCUUCCCUUCAGUACGUCACCAUAGAUUAUGCCCAAGGGAUCAGUUCCUGAUCCUCUCAUCUGAUGGUUUGUAUCAAUAUCUAAACAAUGAAGAAGUUGUUUCUCAAGUUGAGAGCUUCAUGGAAAAGUUUCCAGACGGAGAUCCUGCCCAACAUUUAAUUGAAGAGCUGCUCCUCCGUGCAGCCAAGAAAGCUGGAAUGGAUUUUCAUGAAUUGCUGGAUAUCCCACAAGGAGAUCGGAGGAAGUAUCAUGAUGAUGUUACUGUUAUGGUGAUAUCCCUUGAAGGAAGAAUCUGGAAAUCGUCAGGGAAAUAUCUGUGAGGCGUUCAACUUUCUGUUGGCUUUAUACAUGUGACAACAAUUUUUCCACCUGGGAUUGCCCUAAAGAUGAUGUCAUAGCUUCACAGCUGAUCCAUUUUUCAUGGAUCUGGAUAUUUUCCUGGUGUUGCAACAAAAAAGUUAACUCCUAGGAAUCUCAGAUUUUAAUGGCAAGAGGCAACUGUUACAACUCUUCCUUGGACAUCGCAGACAGGCUUAUGGAAAUUUUCUUUAGGCGUGGAAAAGGAAGUGCAGUCUUUUAAACUGUUUCUUUUUCCGUUCACCAUUUCCGCACCCGUCCAUCUUUUUUGCAGUUAUUAUAGAGAUGAAAAAUGAUAGAAAUUUUGCACAGCGAAGGUCCUUUCUAUUUUUUAAUUUUUUUUCUUCCUUUGGCUCCUUUGGCUGAGCCAAGUAAAAUGUUGGUGUAUAUUGGUGGGGAUACAAGUGUACCGAUUUAACUGGAGCUGUUCUUAGUCAGAAAUAUGACAAUCUGUAGCCGGGGGUGGAUUUCCACCAUAUCAAAUUAGACUUGGGAGAUUCAAAAUGGA